GAGAUGCUGCUGCUCCUCCUGCAGACCUCGCCUCCUCAUUGGCUGAGACAAACAUGCAUCGAGCUGCUGAUUGGCCCCCCCAGAAUGUUUCCGUCUCCACGCGCAGCGGCCGCGUCCCUUUAAAUGGAGCUCGCGCAGCGCACGCUCUCACUGAGCGGAGGCGAGGCUGAGCGCGCGCAGAGCACCCCCAACAAGAGAAGAAGACUUCCCCCCCGCCCCCCCACAUCACGAGGACCAUGCUCGCCGCGUGCCUGGAGUCCCUCGGCCUCGCGCAGGGCCUCGCGGGCUCCCUGCUGGUGAUGGUCGCGUGCGGGCUGCCCACGUGGAAAGUCACCGCGUUCAUCGACUCCAACAUCGUGGUGGCGCAGACCAUCUGGGACGGGCUGUGGAUGUCGUGCGUGGUGCAGAGCACGGGCCAGAUGCAGUGUAAGGUGCACGACUCGGUGCUGGCCCUGUCGCGGGACCUGCAGACGGCGCGCGCCCUCACCGUCGUGGCCGCGGUGCUCGCCGUGGCCGCGCUCUCGGUGACGGUGGCCGGCGCGCAGUGCACCAACUGCCUCCGGGAGGAGGCGGCGAAGGCGCGCGCGGUGAGCGCCGGCGCGGUGCUGUACGUCGCCAGCGGGCUGUCCGUGCUCGUGCCGCUCUGCUGGAUGGCCCACAGCAUCAUCGUGGACUUCCACGACCCGCUCGUGCCUCCGUCCAAGAAGCGAGAGAUCGGGGCCGCGAUCUACAUCGGCUGGGCCGGGAGCGCGCUGCUGCUGCUCGGCGGCGCGCUGCUGUGCGGCUCGCUGUCCCGCGGCGCGAGGGGCGCGCACCCGAUCAAGUACGCGCACGCCGAGAGCUUCGCCUCCAACGGGGCCUUCGACAAGAAGCAUUACGUUUAGACCGGUUCGUGUCUGCGGGACUUCGGACAGAUCACACGCGCACGAGGCGGUUUUUAAUUGGAGCUCCUGACGGGCUCGAGCGUGCACGUGAAGUCUCACUGAUUUAAACACGCGCUGCUCAGUGUGUGCGCGCGCGGUCUCCGAUUGGCUGCAGAUCUUCUUUGUAAAUAUGCAUCUCACAUUGUGGUGUUCUGCUCCCAGUGGACUGGUUUAGUGGACUGGUUUCAGACUGGCUCCCACUGGGAGCGCUCACAUGGUCACAUUUGAACACGUGCACUGUUUUUCUACUUCCUGUCAUUUUUUUAUACUUUUUCUAAUAAAGACGACAACGAAACAAA